AUGGAGACUACUACUACUACUACUUCUUUCAUCAACGAAGGGUGGAAGUGGUGCAAAUAUUUAUGCUUCAUAGGCUGCCUCAUCUUGGUUUUUCUUCUCAACAAUAAUCCCUACUAUUCAACCUUUUUGGAUGUUCAAAACAUUGGUUUGUCACCACCAUUAGCGCCCAAUGCAUCAGACACUACUACCCUGCCAUUAUUGGAGAUACCAACAUCCCUCGGUAAUAAUAGUGAGCAAGCCAGUAGUGAUAAAAGAAAGGAAGAACAUUGUAACAUGUUCGAGGGAAAAUGGACUUAUGAUCCAGAGGGAAGUCCUCUCUACCAUAAUUCGCGGUGUUGGUUCCUUGACGAGCAAGUUAGCUGCAGGAGAAAUGGCCGCCCUGAUCAUGAAUACGAGAGAUGGAGUUGGCAACCACAAGGGUGUAAACUCCCGAGAUUUAAUGGUACAGAAAUAUUGGAGAAGCUAAGAGGAAAGAGAGUUGUCAUUGUUGGAGACUCACUUAACAGAAACCAGUGGGAAUCAUUGGCUUGCCUUCUUUACAGUUCUUUACCUCCUUCUCAAGCCUAUGUUAGCCACGGUAGUGGCACCUAUAAGGUUUUUAGAGCAAAGGAGUAUAAGUGUACUGUGGAGUUUUAUUGGAGCCCAUAUCUAGUGCAUUCUGAAGUGAACAAGACUAGUGGAGAACGUUCUCUGAGACUUGAUAAACUUUCUGACCCCAAUAAGUGGCAAGGAGCAGAUGUCAUGGUAUUCAACACCGGUCACUGGUGGGAUCAUGGAGGCAAACACAGAGUGAAAAACUUGUCUAAAACCAGGAAACAAAUGGAGGAGGAGGGUGAAUUCGAAUUACAGAUGGCCAUGGAGACUUGGUCUCGUUGGGUCGAUACAAAAGUGGAUGCCAGCAAAACAAGAGUCUUCUUCCGAAGCAUUUCACCAGAACACAAAGGAAAAGUAUGGUGCUACAAUCAAACGCAACCCAUCAUCGACGAUUCUUUCCUCCCUGUGUAUCCAAAACGAAUUGCAGAGAUUGUGGAAAGAGCAAUUCAGAAGAUGAAGACUCCAGUAACUUAUUUGAACAUCACCAACUUGUCUCAGACCCGAAAAGAUGCACAUCCAAGCAUUUACAAAGCAAAACAGGGUAUGAAUUUGAUGGCAUUGCAGCAUAAAAUGCCAGAAACUUUUGCUGAUUGUAGCCACUGGUGUUUGCCUGGAGUACCAGAUACCUGGAACAGAUUACUGUUGGCAACUCUCUUGGAAACCCCCAAAGACAGCUCUAGUUAAUAUUUAGUUGUUUGUUUUCCUUUCCAGAACAAUAGUCAUAAACCAGAAAGGUUGUGCAUACAUGAAGGCAUUAGUACUUUUGAGGAAAUCUUACAUCAAAGUCAAUCUUUGCUCGAAAACAUUAUGCAUAACUUUCCCAUGUAGAAAGUUAACUCAUUCAAUUGACUAUUACGUGUAUAAUGAGCAAUGGAAUCAAACCACGCUUCAUUACUUCACCGAACUUGUCUGCUAAUCCUGUGUUUAAUAUGAUUCAAUGCAAUGCAUCAGCAGG